UAUUGGCAAGUUUGUUCAGACUAAUAAGGAAUUUGACUCCGGUAAACUUUGCUCUGAAUAAUAAAGAAUAUCUUUUUAAAUGUACAUGGUUACACAACUGACUUUAUAAUAAAAUAUAAUGUGAGAUCGGUCCAAUCAUGCCUAGUGUUGUUCUGGAGCUCUGACUGUCAAGUGUCCAUCAGAGAAACAGCCUGCGGGAAGAAACUGUCUCUAUGGCGGCUGGUUUUAGCAAACAGUGCUCUGUAGUGACACGUCUCCUUAUGACUUCAAGGUGCAUCGUCAAGUGGUGGCAAUGGACCCCUCAGAUCAGAUCAGGUUUCAUGAAUCACACAAAAAGUGUUAAAAAAAUCUUUGAAGGAACAUUAUAAGAGUGACCGUUUCUCUCCCAGUCCAAUACAGAGACUUUAUUUCAGGCUUGUAGAACCUGAAGAGAAGAUCAUGUUCUGCUUUCUGGUUUUCCUAACAGAACGUUGGUUCCACUCCAGCUACUUCUGAUCCCAGCUCCAUGGGUGCUGACGGGGACCAGAAAACGAGCUCACACAUCACCAAGUCUCAGCAUUGGCUACUGGUCCAUUUUAGAACUUUGUUUGAGGUUCUCUUAUUGGUGUUUAAAACUUUUACUGGUCUUAGCCAGGGACCCAUUUGUGGCCCCUGACUGUAGUGCAAAAACUGAUGCUCUCAUGGAAAUGAGGCUGAUGCAGAUGGAGGCUUUUUAUAAUAUUUUAGGGUGAAAUUUUCGAUGGCUCAUUUCUAUCUUCUUAAAUGGAACACUCUUGUUGCUGGGAUGAAACUAAACGAUCUAGACCAACAACAUAAAAACAUUUGACCCCCAAAGGUAGGGAACUGCAAAGGCAUCUGAGACACUACCAUGACCUUGUAUUUUCAGGAUUAAACCCCUGAGGAGAUGGAAGUCCGAAUCUCUCCCACCUUUAUUCCUCAGCUCUCCCCAUCUUAUCCCAUCCCCCUCUGUGUUUUUACAUGCAUCUCCUCACCUCCUGCUCCUCACACAUCCCGCUGCAGCUCUCUCUCUCCAUGUGUGUGUUAAUGUCUCUCAGUCAGAGUUUCUCCCCACAUCUGGACCAGGGAGGAGGAAAACAGCAGAUUAAGGAACUGGACUCAACCAAGCAUCAGGUGGGGGAGGGGGGCUGUGACACAUGGACGCGCGUUUAGCUCCGUGCCACUAUCUCAACAGCCGUCAGUGCGUGCACGAGCUGUUCCAGGGGCGCGCUCCGGGCUGAUUAGACGGCGUUUAAUUGGUUUAGGGGGUGGUGUGUGGACGCGCCUCCCCCCGCGGGACGGGUGCAGAGUGGUACGGUCCAACUUAGGGGGGGGGGGUCCGUGUCUGAGCAGGAGCGGAGAUCCGAGCCGAGCCAAGCUGAGCCGAGGAAGGCAGAGAGAGCGCUGUAGCUCGGACCCACAGCCUGGAUUAUUAUUUCUCUGGUACCAGGUUCUUACAGUCUGGAUCCCCCGAACCACACCAUACCUCGGUCCGCCCAGGUUGGAGCUCCGGAGCAGCAGCAGAAGAAGAAAAAACAGCAGGAGAGGCGCGUGGCACUUUGGAUUUAAAUACCUGAUUGGACUUUUCUGCGCGUGCUCGUCCAGUCAUGGUCCACUGAAGCUGACUCUUCAUCAGACCUGCAGCCAGCUCUUCUCUCCUCCUCUCCUCCUCCAUCCCUCCAUCCUCUCCUCUCUCUGCCCACCAUGCUCCCUUCUUGUCUUUCAUCCCCUCUUCCUCUCUUCCCUCUCCUCUCCCUCCUGCUCUCGGUGCCGGCUCUUCCCACUCCGCCCUCCUCGGACUCGGACAGGGCGGAGUACCGGGCCUCCGACACUUCAUUCACCCACCUGACAGUCCACCAGAGGACAGGUGAGGUGUUUGUUGGUGCCGUCAAUCGAGUAUUGAAGCUGUCCCCCAGUCUGGUGGAGCUGAAAAGUCACGUGACCGGGCCGGUGGAGGACAACGCCAAGUGUUACCCCCCGCCCAGCGUCAGGGCCUGCGCUCACCGACUGGAGCAAACAGAUAAUGUGAAUAAGCUCUUACUGGUGGAUUAUACUGGGAACAGACUUGUGGCGUGUGGCUCCAUCUGGCAGGGUGUCUGCCAGUUCCUCAGGCUGGAGGACCUCUUUAAGCUCGGAGAGCCUCAUCACCGUAAGGAGCACUACCUGUCUGGAGCCAAGGACCCUGAUGGGAUGGCAGGUGUGGUUGUCGGUGAAGAUGACUGGACGGCUGAGCCCAGGAGGAAGAAGCCGGUCAAAGGCAGCAGCCGCCUGUUCAUCGGUGCCGCCAUUGAUGGAAAGUCAGAGUAUUUUCCCACUCUGUCCAGCAGGAAGCUGGUGGCCGACGAGGAGAGCGACAACAUGUUCUUGCUGGUUUACCAGGACGAGUUUGUGUCUUCACAGAUUAAGAUCCCAUCAGACACUCUGUCCACGUACCCGGCCUUUGACAUCUACUAUGUGUACGGUUUCUCCAGCCGUACAUACGUGUACUUCCUGACGCUGCAGCUGGACACGCAGCUGACGCAGAUGGAUGCUGGUGGAGAGAAGUUCUUCACUUCUAAGAUCGUCAGGAUCUGCUCUAAUGACACAGAGUUUUACUCGUAUGUGGAGUUUCCUCUGGGCUGCACCAAGGAUGGCGUAGAGUACCGGCUGGUUCAGGCUGCCUACAAGCAGAAACCGGGCCGACGGCUGGCCCACGCACUCGGCCUGUCUGAGGACGAUGACAUCCUGUUUGUGGUCUUCUCACAGGGUCAGAAGAACCGCUCCAACCCGCCCAGAGAGACGGUCCUUUGUCUCUUCACUCUGCAUGACAUCAACCUGGCAAUGAGGGAGCGGAUCAGCUCCUGUUACCGUGGAGAGGGACACCUCACGUUACCGUGGUUACUCAACAAAGAGCUGCACUGCAUCCACACUCCGAAGCAGAUUGGAGAUGAUUUCUGUGGCCAGGUGCUAAAUCAGCCACUGGGAGGCCUGAGGGUGAUCGAGGGACAUCCAUUGUACGAGGACCGGACCGAGGGCAUGGGCGCCGUGGCUGCCUACACCUAUGGAGAGCACACAGUGGUGUUUGUAGGAACCCGGAGUGGACAGCUGAAGAAGAUCCGUGUGGACGGGAUCCCGCCGCCAGCCCAGAAUGCUUUGCUGUACGAGACGGUGACGGUGGUGGAAGGCAAGCCAAUCCUGAGGGAUAUGGUGUUCAGUCCGUACCAUCAGUACAUCUACCUGCUGAGUGACAGACAGGUGAGCAAGCUGCCGGUGGAGAGCUGCGAGCAGUACAGCAGCUGCUCCGACUGUCUGGGAUCAGGAGACCCUCACUGUGGAUGGUGUGUCCUCUUCAACAAGUGUUCCAGAAAAGAAUCUUGUGACAAAUGGGAGGAGCCUCAGCACUUCAACACACGUCUGGACCAAUGUGUGGACAUCUCUGUAACCCCAAGCAACAUGUCUGUCACCUCACCUGCGACUCAGCUGACCAUCAGGGUGCAGAACGUCCCAGAGCUAUCGGGCGGGGUCACCUGCGUCUUCGAGGCCCUGACAGAAACACCUGGACAGGUGCAGGCCAAAGGUCAGGUGGUGUGCAUGUCGCCGUCACUCAAGGACCUGCCAGCACACACUCCUCCCUACGGAGAGAAGAGGGUGGUGCAGCUCAGUCUUCGCUCCACAGAGACGGGACUCCAGUUCAUCUCCACUAACAUGGUCUACUACAACUGCUCUGUGCUCAGCUCGUGUACUUCCUGUGUCAGCAGCACUUUCCCUUGUCACUGGUGUAAAUAUCGUCACAUCUGCACCAACAACCUGCAGGACUGCUCCUUCCAGGAGGGACGAGUCAGCAGCAUGGAGGGUUGUCCUCAGAUCCUUCCCACCGCCGACAUCCUCGUCCCCGCUGGGUUGGUUCGUCCAAUCACUUUGCGAGCUCGGAACCUCCCCCAGCCGCAGUCAGGUCAAAAGAACUACGAGUGUGUGUUCCACAUCCAGGGGAAGGUGCAGCGCAUUCCUGCCGUGCGCUUCAACUCAUCCUGCAUCCAGUGUCAGAACACCUCGUACUGGUAUGAAGGAGAUGAGGCCGGAGAUCUACAGGUUGACUUCUCCAUCGUCUGGGAUGGCGAUUUCCUGAUUGACAAACCUGCCUUCAUGAAAGCAUUGUUGUAUAAGUGUGAAGCUCAGCGCUCCAGCUGCGGGCAGUGCCUCAAAGCACCAUCUGUCUUUGAAUGUGGGUGGUGCAUCGAAAGCCGGAAGUGCCUCCUGCGACAGCACUGUCCCUCAGCUGAGCAGAACUGGAUGCACCACGGUCGACACAACGUGCGCUGCAGCCACCCGCGCAUCACGAAGAUUGAUCCUCUGACUGGACCCCGGGAGGGGGGGACCAGGGUAACGAUUGAGGGGGAAAACUUGGGUCUGCAGGUGAAGGAGAUCUCUCACAUCCAGGUGGCCGGAGUCCGCUGUAACCCAGUCCCGUUGCUCUACAUCAGCGCUGAGAGGAUUGUGUGCGACAUGGCUGAAGCUCUCCUCCCUCACUCUCCCGGUGGACCCGUGGAGCUGUGUAUUGGUGUCUGCAGUGCCGAGUACCGGACUCUGUCAACCCAGACGUACUCAUUCGUGAGCCCAAGUUUUACCCGAAUCCGCCCACUAAAGGGGCCCGUUUCUGGUGGAACCAGGCUGACGGUGGUUGGUCGACACCUGGAUUCCGGCAGCGGAGUCUCCGUCUACAUCCACAAGGAAGAAUGUCUCUUUGUGAAACGCACCAAUCGGGAGAUAGUCUGCAUAACUCCCGCCUCCUUGUCUGGCACUGGCCUCGCUCCCGUACAUCUGAUGAUCGAUAGGGCCGAGGUGACUAACUCUGAUGUGACUUACCUCUACACUGAGGACCCAACUGUCUCCAGUAUCGAGCCAAACUGGACCAUCCUGAAUGGCAGCACAGUAAUAACGGUCACAGGAACCCACCUUCAGACCAUCCAAGAGCCUAAAGUCCGAGCCAAGUACGGAGGAGUGGAGACCAAUAAUUACUGCACGGUGGUCAACGACAGCACCAUGACAUGUUUGGCUCCUGGGCUUAUCUACAACAAACCGAACCCACCAGACGGGGCGCUGCGACCUGAUGAGUUUGGCUUCAUCUUUGACCAGGUCUCUUCACUGCUUGUCCUAAACUCUACCCCUUUCACCCACUACCCAAACCCCACCUUCGAUCUGCUCGGAACAUCUGGGAUCCUAGAGGUGAAGCCAGGCUCCCCGAUCAUCCUAAAGGGCAAAAACCUGAUCCCUCCAGCUCCUGGAAACAACCGCCUGAACUACACGGUCCUAAUUGGAGAGUCUCCCUGCCUGCUGACCGUCUCUGAGAACCAGCUGCUCUGUGAUUCUCCGGAUCUGACCGGAGAACAGCGAGUCGUGAUCCAGGUGGGUGGUCUGGAGUACUAUCCAGGUAUUCUUCAUAUUUACUCUGACAACACCCUAACCCUGCCCGCCAUCAUCGGGAUCGGAGCAGGCGGAGGCGUUCUGCUCAUCGCCAUCAUCGCCGUGCUGAUCGCUUAUAAGAGGAAAACUCGAGACGCUGACAGGACGCUGAAACGCCUGCAGCUGCAGAUGGACAACUUGGAAAGCCGGGUGGCGCUAGAGUGCAAAGAGGCUUUCGCAGAGCUGCAGACUGACAUCCAAGAGCUGACCAAUGACAUGGACGGAGUAAAGAUUCCUUUCCUGGAGUACCGGACCUAUACCAUGAGAGUCAUGUUUCCUGGGAUAGAGGAGCACCCUGUCCUCAAAGAGCUUGAUUCUCCUGCUAAUGUGGAGAAAGCUCUACGUCUCUUCAGCCAGCUGCUGAACAACAAGAUGUUCCUGCUCACCUUCAUCCAUACCCUGGAAGCUCAGAGGUCGUUCUCCAUGAGGGACCGAGGGAACGUUGCCUCGUUGCUGAUGGCUGCUCUGCAGGGCCGGAUGGAAUACGCUACAGUGGUGUUGAAGCAGCUGCUGGCCGAUCUGAUCGAGAAGAACUUGGAGAACAGAAACCAUCCCAAACUGCUGCUCAGGAGAACUGAGUCUGUUGCUGAGAAGAUGCUGACCAACUGGUUUACCUUCCUGCUGCAUCGAUUCCUUAAGGAGUGUGCAGGUGAGCCUCUCUUCAUGCUGUACUGCGCCAUAAAGCAGCAGAUGGAGAAAGGUCCGAUUGACGCCAUCACAGGAGAGGCUCGGUACUCUCUGAGCGAAGACAAACUCAUCCGGCAGCAGAUCGACUACAAACAGCUGACACUGAUGUGCAUCCCUCCAGAGGGCGAAGCCGGAACCGAGGUGCCAGUGAAGGUCCUGAACUGUGACACGGUGACCCAGGUCAAAGAUAAACUACUGGACGCCGUUUACAAAGGAAUCCCGUUCUCUCAGCGACCUCAGGCCGACGACAUGGACCUCGAGUGGCGACAAGGUCGACUGACCCGAAUCAUCCUGCAGGACGAAGAUGUGACGACAAAGAUCGAGAGCGACUGGAAGAGGCUGAACACGCUGGCUCACUACCAGGUAACAGAUGGCUCGCUGGUGGCGCUGGUCCAGAAGCAGGUUUCUGCCUACAACAUCGCCAAUUCCUUUACCUUCACCAGAUCCCUGAGCAGAUACGAGUCCUUACUGCGGACGUCCAGCAGUCCUGACAGCCUAAGAUCCAGAGCUCCAAUGAUCACUCCAGACCAGGAGACAGGAACUAAACUGUGGCACCUGGUGAAGAAUCACGAGCACAGUGACCAGAGAGAAGGAGACCGGGGCAGCAAGAUGGUCUCUGAGAUCUACCUGACCAGACUGCUGGCCACCAAGGGGACACUGCAGAAGUUUGUAGAUGACCUUUUUGAGACUGUGUUCAGCACCGCCCAUCGUGGCUCUGCGCUCCCGCUGGCGAUUAAAUACAUGUUCGACUUUUUGGACGAGCAGGCCGACAAACGGUCAAUCACUGACCCAGACGUCCGGCACACCUGGAAAAGCAACUGCCUUCCUCUCAGGUUCUGGGUGAACGUCAUUAAGAAUCCUCAGUUUGUGUUCGACAUCCAUAAGAGCAGCAUCACGGAUGCCUGCCUGUCAGUGGUGGCGCAGACCUUCAUGGACUCCUGCUCAACAUCUGAACAUCGGCUCGGCAAAGACUCACCAUCCAACAAGCUGCUCUACGCUAAAGACAUCCCCAACUACAAGAGCUGGGUUGAGAGGUACUACAGGGACAUCUCGAAGAUGCCCAGCAUCAGUGACCAGGACAUGGACGCCUACCUGGUGGAGCAGUCCCGCCUCCAUGGCAACGAGUUCAACACACUAAGCGCGCUCAAUGAGCUCUACUUCUACAUCAACAAGUACAAGGAAGAGAUCUUGACUGCGUUGGACCGGGACGGGUACUGUCGGAAACACAAGCUAAGGCACAAACUGGAGCAAGCCAUCAACCUGAUGUCUGGCAGCAGCUGAGGCCAGGCGAUGGAUCAGCAGACUCAUGGGUUGGGGGAAGAAGGAACGGGGGAGGGAGGGAAUUUAAUUUUCCUGAACUGUCUGAACAGUCAGCCGAAACGGUCCAAGUCGGACCGAAUGGACAACAGCAACAGUUUCAGCAUCACCAGCAAUCAAUCUAUCAGUAAUUUAUUGGUCACAAGAUGGAUUGAUUGGCUGAUUGGCUCAUUGGGACCCCAGAUCCCACCGUCUAGUGGACAGAUAAUUUCCUGAGACACAUUGAUUCAUUUAGAACUGGACCUCAAAAUGGUGACUUCCCAGCAAAAAAUAAGCUUUUAGAUGCAGGUUGGUUUGGAUUGGACCUGCUAAAGUCUGAGCUCAGUUUUAUCAAAAGACUGAUGUAAAGUGAGGACAUGAGGAAGAAGAGGCCCAUUCUGGACUUUAGGUUCAGGACAUGGACCCGGUCUCAGGGUAACAAAAGGGUCUCUUCACAGAGGAGAUUAAUGCGGACCUCAAUGAUCCUCACUUUUAACCCUUUCAAAGCUCCACCUAGGAGGAUCUGGAUCCACUCUCAGAAAAUUAGUUCACUACUCCUGAUGGAAGGCAUGAGAGUCCGGUCCUGACCGGAAUGUGUUCGGAUUAUGAGGUCUUUUGAAGCUUUAAUGGAGAAGGAGGACAAUUAAGUGGAUGAGCCAACCUAAAGGUGAUGUCAGAUGUUGGUUCUGAAGUGAAUCCACGCGGAUUUGGAAAUGAAACUUUGAAGCCGAGCCGUGCCAGAAUUUUUCUCUGGACAAUCAGUUUUUUCCACAGCACACUGAGCCUGAUGUGUACUGACCGAUCUCUUCCUGUCUUUGUUCCUGCUUUUCCUCCAUCCCUGUUCCUGAUCCCGCCCCCUGUUUCCUCAUUGGUCAGUCAUGCUGGCCAGGAGGAUGUACUGCCUGACCCAAAGACUGUGGAAGUCACCGAGUCGUGACAGAAACUCUGUUUGAAUACAUUCCAGCACAGGUACGCCGGCAGCAUCUGGUUUCCAACCUUUCAGAACCACAUUUUCAGGACCAGAACCACCUGGGAUCAGAGCUCCGGUCUGAUCCACGUGCCCACACAUAGCCAUGCUUGACAGCGCCACAAUAACUGUGUUCCGGGGGAAAUACUGUGGAGAGCUACAAGCCCAGUGCCAUGCAAAGACCAGAACAGAUCUCCCUCAGGACUGGACUGGACCAAAUCUGGAUCCAGAACAAAGAGAAUGGAGGAUUACCGAACCAGACUCCCAGAACUCUCAAGACUCGUGGCCAUAAUUGUAAACAACAAAAGAAAAAGGAAAGAAAAUGAAGCUGAAAUGAUGUUAAAGUAUAAAAAGAGUUCAGAGGAAAGGAAAAAAUAUUGAAAUGUAACCAUGUAAUCAGAACUUUGUGGAUUUUAAAGAACUGAACUUGUAUAAAGCUGAACGUAACUUUACAUCUGAGUCCGAAGGAAGACGAGAGCCUGAAUAAGACUGAUCAGACAGUACCAACCAGCCCGAAAGCUUGCUGACCAGACUGGACCGAGCCCAAAUAAUCCUUCUGUGUGGAUGCAGAACAAAAGGGACAUCUUGGUACUUUUUAUGAGCAGAACCAGAGCUCAGUUGGUUUGAUGUCAACAGGUUUAGGGCUUUUCAGAAGGUUUAUUUGUUGUUUUAGAUGUCGCAUCUAAAUCACAAUGAGAGUGUGCACACUGUCUGCAACCAACUGGGCAAAAUUGGGUUUGGACCACCUGAGACACCUUAACCCGGUGUGGGAUGCUCUAAAUGUGUGAGUGUUUCUGUGCUGGAACUUUUCACAUCACACAGCUGACUCUUAGGUCCCGCUUAGAGGUCCGUUUGCUCCUCACUUUCAGACAGCAGUACCAGAAAGAUUCUGAUCUGUCUCUGCUUUUAGUUUCUUCACUUUUACUGGGUCAAAAUGAAAGGAAGCCUAGUGCAACUGAUCUGCAGAGAGUCACGUCUCUAAAUGGCCAAUGAGUGAAAACUGAACACAUUAAUACUGGAUUCUUCAUCUCAGGUUUAUAUUUGUGUUCUCGUCAAACCGUUUUCAUUCGGGCCCAGAAACCCUCGGUGGUUUGGUUCCCUUCAGCUUCGCUGCUGCUUUUUCAUAGCUGAUGUUUGGAAAAGGAGCAAAACGACAUAAAAACUGACAGAUUUUAUUUUCAUGUGAUACAUUUUUAUUUGAAAAGGGUAAAAAUGUACUUUUUAUGGUCUGUUUUGUUGAAGUUACUGACAUCUAGUGGUGGGAUUGGAGACAGCAGUUGUCAGCCUGCUAGUUACCAACAGGCUCCAUCACCGGUCUCCACAUUUAUUAGUCAGAAAUGUUUAUUUCUUCCUUUGAUUAUCUAGAAAGUAGAUGGGCUCCAUUGAUUGGCUGCAGACUGUCACAGAUUGAACCCAGUUGGUGACCUGAGAUCAGAAUCAGGAUGACCUCUGAGGACAUCUGCAGAGGUCUAACAUCCAGAUGUUUGGUGUGAAAAUAUUUCAGCACAGAUGAAUUGUCUCUUUGGGCUCUCUGUGAUGCCAUAAAGAUACGAAGCACCUUUCUUUUCUCUCUUGCCGAUGUUUCACUGUCAUUUUAGUCUGUCUGGGGCCAAAAGGACCCGAGGGGGGAAGGGUUCUGCAUUUUUUGAUGAUAAUUAAUAGAAGCGGGAGGGAAGCCACUAGCGUACCAACACCACUGUUCACCCACCGCUGUGUGUCUGUGUCUCCACGCUGCUGCAGUGGAAACCCAUUAAAUCACUGAUCAUAUCUGUAGCUCAAUGAAAAAUCACUUUUCUUCUAGAGUCGCUCCGUUUAAAUCACCUGAUUUACAUCGUUUCACAUCUGCGAUCAGAUCCUUUAUACGUUCCUUCUAAUAACACCGCAGGUCAAUCUCUGAGUCAUUACAGAGGAGGGAAUAUACUGCCUAGAAUGUGUUUCUCCUCACUGUCCUGAUAGGAGGAGAAAGUGAGGAAAGCACAGGAGGGAAACCUGGGAGGAAAAACAGGUGUAGAACAGAAGAAUCUGGAUGAAAGGAUGAGACCAGGAUAUGUUUCUGCAUACUAACUUGAGAGGAGGAAGAGAAGGGAUGGAAGGUGGAGAGACAGCUGGAAUACUGAGCAGAAAGCAAAAAUUGAGGCAGCUUCAUCCAUCAAACCAGCCGAGGGGAAGCAGGAGGAGAUCAGACCAAAGCUGAACAGUUUAGCUGCUCAGCAGUUGUUUCACAAUGCUGACUUGGUGUAAGGUUCACAGAUAUCCAGUUUCUGUUCCUGUAGUUCCUGGUUGAACUGCAGGAACUGACAGCCAUGGUUCCUAACCAAGAAAACAUGGAAAGCCUCCUCCACAAUUCUCAUGGUGAGCUAGUCCAGGUACCUGGUGUUCCUGGAGUGACUUCCGGAUGAACAGAAGAUGAUAGAUGGAUCAGAGCCUCAUCUUCAGUAAUAACUGUGUUGCUGUGGUGGUAAAGAAGAUGAUUACCUGAAGGUGAACCUCUGGAUGUGUGGCUCCAGAAAAUUUCAGUUCUCAUCUAUGUUCCUGAGGUAUGGUCCAAGACUGCUAGGGUCUGCCUUAGACAGAAUCAGAACCAGCUUUAUUGAGUUUCCAGCGCUCACAGCAUCCAGACAUUAAGAUAAAUAUAUAAACUUAAGAGGAAAUAAGCUAUGGAGAAAAGGAGAGGAGCUCUAGCAUCCAGGAUGAGAUCAAGUAGAGCUGCUGCAGCUGCUCCUCCACGUUCAGAGGUGUCAUCUGAUCAGGAGGAUCCAGGAGGCCUCACUUUGAAGGUCUUCUAGGAUGUGUGUGUCUUCUGAACCCGUUACGUCACCUCACCGAUGGAUGGUUGAAUGGAAUUUUUUAUCUCACCAUAUUUAGAAAACUAUAAGGUUUUCACAACUUUUUCUAGUCAAAGUUUUGAGGGACGCCCAGAAUCCUGGAUUAGUGUUCGUAUUAAUGACUUUUAAAGAAGAGCAUCACAGAGAUCUUCCUCCGCCAAACUUCCCUGCUGUUUCCAACAGAGCCUCACCAAAGCUCAAUUUGUUUGCUCCUGCACCUACUUUCUCCUGAGUUUCAUGAUUUGGGACUGGACGCUUUCCGUUUCUUUGGUAACUAACUAAUCAAUCAAUCACAUGAGCUUCUUGGCUGACAUCACAAAGCAGAUUUCUAAGCAGAUUAGUGAUUGGCUGGAUUUCCACAGUGGUGGCGUCACCAGGUCCGUCCUCUGGAUGAGGUUGGGAGGUAGCAGAAGAUGGGCUGGGUCUAAUUCCUGGAGCAAUGAGUUUUAGAAAGCAGGGCGUGGACUGAUGGCACAGACACUCAGAGAGGAGGGGUAUUUAUUAUUUUAAUUUAUUUUUUAUGAUGGAUUUUAUUUAUUGUGGGAGGAUGUAGACAUGGUUCUUAGUUUGUACAGCACUAAAAAAAGGAAGAGCUCAACAUGACUUAGCUCAUAUGUCGGUUUUAGUUUAAACUGACAGGACCUCCCAUUUGUCCUUCUCUGUUUGGGUUUUAUGUGUCUUUCAGAACCAGAGGAAGUUCAGAUUUAUGUUCUGAAAUGUGAGAAACGCUUCAAUCAACCCCACAGAUUGAUCCGUCCGUCUCAUUUCUCUCCACCUGAAGCGAACCAAUCAAUUUGAUUGAUCAGAACCACUCUCUGCAAACAGCCCACGGACUGACACCGACUGUUGGACUCUUCGUCCCAUUGAAGAGUUCACAGGUGUUUAAAACCAGUUAAAGGUGCCAUUGAUUUUAUCUCCACAGCAGAGAGAGAGCUGCUGAUGAAACGAAGAAACCAACGGUUUCCUUGGAGAAAAGAAACAAAUGAAAUGUUGAAGUAGUGGGAAUUAGUCCCAACAAACUGAAGCAAAGUAUUACUCCUAAAAAUAAUUAUUUAUAUGUCUGUAUGGGUGUUUUCAGUAUGUUUAAUAUGAUCCGCAGCAGCUGAUCAAACAGGAAUGUUGUUUUUAUUUUAUUUUCCAGAAAAAGAAAAAUGGAUUGUCCUGACUUCAUGUUAAAAUGAAUGUAGGCGGGGCCUCACUGACCCCCGUCUACACUUGCACACCUGAUAGAUGGUCGCUUGGUCGACUGAGCUGACAGCGAAUCCUAGCCGCCGUCUUUGUAUCAUGGCAACAGCGUGUCACUAAACUCCCUGGGCUUUAUUGUACCAUGGUAUCAUUAUUGAUUCAGGUUUAUUAAUAUUCAUAUGAGCGAGUGCCUCUCAGCUGCUGCAGGCUCCAGAUCCGCGGCUGCAUUCAAAUUAGCACUUUGUUCUGGAUUUAAACACAACGUAAAGUGUUCCUUGUUGGGAUCCCCGAGCCGGUGGCUGAGGAGUACCGCUAUAACCGGAUCUCGAAAUGUUGAUCCUGGCGGCGCUUCAGGUCAGGAAAGUGUCGGAUCAAAAGGCUUCCCCAGAUGUCACAGAGUUUAAAAUUAUUAAAGAAAACAUGGAAUUAAUUUCAAACCAAUAACAGUUUAGGGCAAAACAUAGUCAGGUGUACACGACUCUGCAAACGUCCGCCAGACAUGUCAACGCAAUCCUUACAACAUGUGAAAAAGUCUCCACAUCUAACAGUUUUACAUGUGACACACUGCUCCGAGCAACCGGUCAUGAGUACGCACUGCAUCACUGCUGCUCUGUGCGCCACACUGACAGGUGUAUCCCCCUUCAUUGUCCCUAGUCUGGUUUAAUGGGACCACCUUCUUUUCUUUUAGUUUUUCCAAAGCUGCAUCUGCGCUGCUCACAGUACGCCGGACUAUGUUCUGCCCUUUACGCUCAUUUAUAAAAGUGCAUCGGACACAGCCUCGCCCUCUGUGUUACCAGGGCAACACAGAGACUCUGAUUGGUUGUUUUCCCUCAGGUGGAUUCUUGCUGAAGAAUCUGCUGCUAUUGUUUCAGGGAAGCUGCCCUUGUUGCUAUUUGUAAAAAUAUAUCAAAAACUUAUGUUCUGAUUAUGCUUUAAUGCCAUUUCAAGCCUGACCUUGGAAGUCUCUGAUUUGCCGCCUGCAGGUCUGCAGCGCCACCAUCAGUUUGUCGGUCGCUUCGCCUAGAAACAUUUGAAUUCCCACUGAAAACUCUAAAAGCUGUCGCCAUGUCCAGGAUGUAGUCAGGGCCCAUCUUUGAUACCAUUCGCCAUUGCCUUUUUUUUAUUAGUGUUUUUUGCUGAUUUGAAAUGUAAUGUUGAUGAUGAAUCAUGUAAGGGUCUGUGUCAGUUUUUAUAUCAUUGCCUUCUGCUGAGUUUGUAUAUUUGUGUGAUUUCACUAAAGUGUAAAGAGGAAAA